AAUGUAAUAACACAAACAAUAUUACAUUGACAUUACCAUAAAAUUAUUGAACAAUAUAAUAUUAAAAUUUUUUUUUUUUUUUCAUUUCACAUUGAUAAAGCAAAAACCAAAGUUACGUAUACCUCACUAUACAAUGUACAUCACCAUAACAGUUUAAAAAAGGAUGUGAUAAGAAAAACAAUUCAGCCUGUAAACAUAAUUUUUACUAGAUUGAUUUAUUUUUUAUUUAAAAAAAGUACGCCCAGUUUUAAUGUUUUAACAGUACAUUCAAGCGCACGCGUGUAAGGACUGAUUUGUGCAGAUACACCACACUCGCAUAAUCGCAUAAGGCAGGAGAGCACUUGAGAAUUUUAAUUCGACUCAGUUACCUCUGUGUGAACACACCUUUAAUGUUUAAACUUUAAUUUCACGCCAUAUCGUCGGUGAACAGCGAAGCAAACUCACUCGCUUGACUUGGAAGCGCAGCCGCAGAUACACGUACACACAAACGUGCAAACGUACAAACGUACAAGCGUACAUACGUAUAAUACUUAUACACACGAACGUGCGUUCGCCCUUUGGCCCUUACGUCCCCAUUGUGACAACCCCCCGCUUGAUUCAAAAUGAAACUCUUAGCAGCCGUUUUUCUCCUUUUUUGCGCCAUCCUUUGUAACCAUGCUUUGGGAGAUAAUGUAAACGGGUUAGGUGCUGGCAACCCCAAGAAGAAGUCCCCCAAGAGCAAAUCCCCAGAACCUCUCAUUGACGUGCACGAGUUGAUAAGCGAAAUUGUCAGAAAAGAAGAGGAACUCGUAAACAUGACGAAGAAGAAAUCAAACUACAAAUUGGCCACAACCGUUCUCGCUUCAGCCCUAGGUGUUGUAUCAGCAGUGCUCUUAGGAGGUGCCGGAUUAGUCUUUUAUAAUGCCGGAAACGGAAGACACCCAUUCUCUCUUGGAGGUGGAAAGGGCGGUGAUGCUGCUCCCACUGAGCCAACCCCAGCUCCAACCGCACCAUCCGCAACCGGCUUGAAUGAUGAUGGAAGCAGCAGUGGCACCGAAUCAACGUCAUGAACAUGAAUGGAAAAGCAGCUUUGGCCAAUCGGUUUAACAGAGAGAGGACACAUAUCGUGAAAUUAAUUUCUUUACCAUUGCGAUUGCAAGUGUGUUUUAUGUGUGUGUGUGCUUUUACUGUCACCUUAAGGUUACCACAUUUUACCCCUCCUUUAUUAUUAUCAUUUUAACAAGAAUAACGAAGAUAUUUACAAAAAAAGAAAAAAAAAAAAAAAAAAUGAAUAAAAUGUUAUACAUGUAUGCGCGGAGCGUUUAAACAGUUUUCCUGAAUUUUUCCUGAAAUUUUCCUGAAAUUUUCUUGAAUUUUUUUUUUUUUUUUUUGCGCGGAGUUUAUGCUAACGAUUUUCUUUAAAGCGAAAAAUUUUCCCAUUUUUCAGAUUUUUUUCCAUUUUUUGAGUUUAACUUUUUCUUUUUUAAUAUAUUUUUUCCCCCCUUUUUUUUUCCUUUUGCCACACUUGCAUCAGAGGUUUUAUCGCCUUUCCUCCACAGAUUCCUAGACAUCCAUAUGUGCACAUAAAUAUAUACGCAUAUAUACACACAUAUAUGUUUAUAUAUAUAUUUAUACGUAACAGCCAUUUUCCCCUUAUGUAUUUUGUUUUUCAGCAUGUUAUAAUUUGUUAUAACGAAAGGUGCAACGAGUGUAUUUUUAUUUAUUUAUUUAUUUUUAUUUUUAUUUAUUUUUAUUUUAUUUUUAUUUUUUUUCCUUACCCCCACUUCACCUUCAGUUCCUCCAACUUUUUAUUAAGGUAUGUGUUGAUAUAUUUAAUGAUUACAUAAGUUG